GCGAACAGGGGAUGAUCCCAGAGUGACCCUGGAAGUUUCCUGGGGUAGCGGGAAUGUCGGGCGGUAACGUCCAGCCUUCAGCUGUGGGGACUCACGGUCACAUUGCCUGAGUCUGUUCCCAGGACUUUGUUGUGUUAAACAAACCCAGCCCGGCAAAGUUUGGAUCUUGCUAUUCAGUAUGACUGAGUGAGUGACUGAGGGGAGCACUGCGCAGCUCGGUCCCGGGACCGGAGACACUGCUCGAGGCUCGGUCAUCGGUAAAGGGCGCUUGGAAAAGGGACAUUUUAACAGCGCACGGCGGAGCAAACACUGAUGCUGCCUGAUUCAAUCCUUCAGCCGCUUUUCAGGAAGCAGCUGAGAUAUCCCGGGAAAUCUCCCUGAAGACCCACAAUCAAACAGGACAACCCGAAAGACGUUUGGAAAAUAGAAAUGAAGAGACAGCCGGGUUUGGAUGCGAUUUUUACAAGGCAAGCAGUGACUUCUGCUGGAGUUUCUGGUAGCCUGAUCUGUGAGCUCGGAGACUGCGUCAACCAUUCCAUUGGUCGCUGCUGAACUCCAGUUGGAGGCUUCCCAAGAACUUACGGCUAAGAGAUAACAGACCAAGAAGAUCAGUUUAACUUGUCGCUUGCUGUUCUGAGUGAUGUGAUGUCGAUGGUUAGUGCACGGAGCAUGCCUCUCAGUCCGACAUCCAGGAAACAUGAGGAGGAGCAGCAGCAGAACACUUGCAACUGCAGCGAGGGUGAAGAGGAGGAGAGUUUCAGCAGAGAGGACACCAUCUACCACACCAUCAGGACAAGUACAGCAGCUAAAACCGGCCAACAAAUGGACAAUCCUGCGCCUAGCACCAUAAUCAUUCGCAUUGGGGUACCAGACUUGGAGCAGACGAAAUGUAUGAGGUUCAAUCUAGAUGCCCCUGUAUGGGUGUCGAAGCAACGGAUUCUGUGCACUCUCAACCAGACGCUAAAGGAUGUACUAAACUAUGGGCUAUUUCAACCUGCGUACAACGGGAGGGUGGGGAAGUUUCUGGAUGAGGAACGUCUGCUCCGAGAAUACCCAACGUCCCCUGACACCCCGAUACCAUACCUGGAGUUCCGAUAUAAGAAGCGAGUGUACAGCCAGAGUCACAUAGAAGAGAAACAACUUGCCAAGCUCCACACAAAGGCGAAUCUUAAAAAGUUCAUGGAGUAUAUCCAGUACCAUCAUGUUGAGAAGAUUGGUAAAAUGUUGGAGAAAGGAUUGGAUCCGAACUUCCAUGAUCCUGACAGUGGAGAAUGUCCAUUAACGUUGGCUGCACAAUUGGAGAGCACAUCUGAGAUCAUCAAGUUGCUGAAAAAUGGGGGAGCUCAUUUGGACUUUAGGACCCGGGAUGGAUUAACAGCUUUACACAAGGCCGUGCGAUGUCAGAAUCAUACAGCACUAAUAACUCUGUUAGAUCUGGGUGCUUCUCCAGAUUACAAGGACAGCCGGGGGUUAACGCCUUUGUACCAUAGUUCAAUGGUGGGAGGAGACCCUUAUUGCUGUGAACUGAUUCUGCAUGACCGUGCCAAUGUGGGCUGCAUGGAUGAAAAUGGCUGGCAGGAAAUCCAUCAGGCUUGCCGGUAUGGGCAUGUGCAACACCUGGAACACCUGCUGUUUUAUGGAGCAGACAUGAGCACGCAGAAUGCCUCUGGGAAUACAGCUCUGCAUAUCUGUGCACUCUACAAUCAGGAAAGUUGUGCGAGGGUCCUUUUAUUUCGAGGAGCAAACAAAGAAGUUAAGAAUUACAACAGCCAGACGGCAUUUCAGGUUGCCAUUAUAGCUGGGAACUUUGAAUUGGCAGAGAUUAUUAAGAACCACAAGGAAGCUGAUGUUGUGCCUUUCAGAGAAACCCCAAGCUACACCAAUAGGCGACGAGGUGGAGGAAGUGCCCUCUCAUCCCCACGGACACUGCUACGAUCCACUAGUGACAACAACAUCAACAACCUUGCAAGCCGUACCACCCAUUCGCCUGUGCCAUCUGUCAGAAGCCUGCCACCUCAACUACUGGCACAGAUGCAGGAGGGUGCUGAGGGAGGCCAGCAGAGCACAGCAAGCUCACGAAGUUCACAUAGCCGAUCGCCCUCAUUGCAGUGUGUCCAGGAGGAAAGUGAGGCCAACACCCCCAUUCUCAGGAGGCAGACAAAAGCCAGGCUGAGCCCAAGCACCGUGAGCGCCGAACCCAACCCAACUCCAUCGGCCGCCUCCGCUCACAGAGGACCCAAGCGCAAGCUGUACAGUGCGGUCCCGGGACGGACCUUCAUCGUGGUGAAGCCCUACCAGCCCCAGGGAGAGGGCGAGAUCCUUCUGCACCGAGGGGAACGCGUCAAAGUACUGAGCAUCGGCGAGGGAGGCUUCUGGGAAGGGACAGUAAAAGGUCGGACCGGCUGGUUUGCAGCAGAAUGUGUGGAAGAGGUACAAAUGAGACAAUACAACACGCGACAAGAAACUCGUGAAGACCGGACAAAGAGACUCUUCAGGCAUUACACAGUUGGCUCCUAUGAUAACUUUUCAUCUCACAGUGAUUAUGUCAUCGAGGAGAAGACAGCACUGCUUCAGAAAAAGGAGAACGAGGGAUAUGGCUUUGUCCUCCGAGGAGCUAAAGCUGAGACUCCAAUUGAAGAGUUCACUCCCACGCCAGCAUUCCCAGCUUUGCAAUACCUGGAAUCGGUGGACGUGGAGGGAGUGGCAUGGAAAGCUGGGCUCAGGACAGGAGACUUCCUGAUUGAGGUCAACAACAUCAAUGUGGUGAAGGUUGGACACAAACAAGUGGUCUCCAUGAUCCGACAGGGAGGAAAUAACCUGCUGAUGAAGGUGGUGACAGUCAGUCGAAAGCCGGAACUGGAAGAUGGAAUGAGGAAAAAAGCCCCGCCACCCCCGAAGAGAGCACCAAGUACGACACUGACUCUCCGCUCCAAAUCCAUGACUGCUGAACUCGAGGAGCUAGCCUCUGUACGCAGAAGGAAAACAGAAAAAUUGGAUGAGAUCCUCGCAGCAGCUGAUCGCUCAGUUAGGACAGAGAACGUAGCGGCAGACUCUCGAGCUGCAACAGUCAAACAGCGACCCACAAGCAGGCGCAUCACAUCAGCAGAAAUCAGUUCAUUAUUUGAGCGUCAAGGAAUGCCCUCAAAGUCAACACCACCAUCUGUACCAGAAAAGCCACACCUCCCAAUGCCUAGAGGAAUGUCAAGGACAAAGUCCAUAGGAGCCUCUGAGGAUGAUAAACUGUCAGUUUCAGCAAUGGAAGGAAGGUUUUUACGCAGUACAUCAAUGCAAGAUACUCUCCGGGAAGGACUAGGCAUACCACCACCUCCACAGAUCGCCCCACCACCCCCACCCUCCCCUUACCUUUUAGACACAGGUCCUCCACCUCCUUUCUCACCACCCCCACCCCCAGGACGAACUUAUGAUAAUGUGCGGUCCAGCUUUAAACCCAACACAGAAGCGAAAAUCCAUGGAGGCCAGCAGGUGACAACAACAGCAGAGGUCUAUGAACCAAAUCGGUCUCCUGUGCCUCCGGUAGAGAGGCAGAAGCGGGCCAGGUCUAUGAUAAUUCUGCAGGAUUCAUCGUACUAUCCUGUGGAGCCAACAGACAUCCCAUGGCCUAGUCCCUCACCAACCCCUCAAGAUAAAAGCAAACGAAAGGCAAAGGUAGUUGAUAAUCCAUAUGCAAACGUGGGCCAGUUCAACGUGGGACUUUUUGCACCAACAAAGCCACUUCGUAAGAAAAGCCCUCUGGUCAAGCAAUUCCAGGUUGAAGAUGCAAUAGAGAGAGCAUCAGCAACUGGCUCACCCGGGGCUAGUAAAGAGUUAUUAGCCAGGAGGAUAGCCCAGCAAUCUGGUAAAGAGUAUGAGCAGCAGCAGCAAAGAGAAGGAAUCAGCAAAACACAGGAAGAAGGACAAGAUCUGGCCAGUCCCUUUGCCGUUGCCAUUGCAGGAGCAGUGCGGGACCGGGAAAAAAGGUUAGAAGAAAAGAGGAAAUCAACAGUCUUCCUUUCUGUGGGUGCCAUUGAGAGCGAAACAGCACCCAACAUCCCAGCUCUGCAACAGUCCAGGUCAGUCGACGAGAGACUGCUGAGUAGCAGCGACAGGUCUCUCCGAUCACCAAUCCCUUCCCCUGUUCCCUCCUCAAAACCACCAGCAAGCACGCCUGUGACUUUUAUACAUCCUCUCACAGGGAAACCGCUGGAUCCUAACUCACCACUGGCACUUGCGCUGGCCGCAAGGCAGCGGGCACUAGUCGCUGAAACACAGCAUCAGCGAGCAACCGGAAGCAAUGAAACUGUAAAAGCCCAAGAAAGAAAAACCCCAGUCUACAUGGAGAGCCACAGCAAAGAGGCAAAGAAAGCAGAAGUUGAAACCCUCACAUCACCACCUUUCUCACCAGAAGACAAAGCAAGCUACAGUCCAACAUCUGGAGUAACUGCAAAACACCCGUGGGGAACUUCCACUACACUGAAGAAAGAAGCAGAAGCAAAGCCAGGACAAAUGGAGAAAGCUGAGAGGGAGGAGAAAAAAGUGGAAGAGAAGAAAAGUAUGCUAAUCAACAUAGUAGAUACAUCACAGCAGAAAACUGCAGGCCUACUGAUGGUCCAUGCAACAAGUAAUGGCCAAGAGUCAGAACUUCAAGAUACUUCAACAACUGCCUUGAAGCCAUCGCCACCACAGCCUCAACCAUUCCUUACAGAGCCACAAGCUUCCCAGCCACUUUGUGCUGUUUCUGAGCCUCCAGCUACUGAAGCACCUGGGAAAACCCAAACUCAAGGAAGCUCUGAUGAAGAUGUAGAACCAUUUGCUGUUUCUCUCCCUCCGAUGCUCUCCUCUAGUGAUGAGGAGACGAGAGAGGAACUUGCAAAGAUUGGGCUUGUACCACCUCCUGAUGAAUUCGCAAAUGGCAUCUUCAUCCAACCCAAGGAUGAGAAAACUGCCAGCCAUCCCAGUGGACCUCCAACUUCAGCACCUUCAACUACUGGCGUUUCACCCUCAGGGAAGCCGACAGAUGCCCCACCUUCAGAAGCAAGUGUGGACUCGGGUGUAGAAGAAAUAGACACAAGAAGCAGUAGUGACCAUCACUUGGAAACCACAAGCACGAUUUCAACCGUCUCCAGCAUGUCAACAUUGUCAUCAGAGAGCGGGGAGCCCUUGGACACCUACACAUCAUUUGCUGAUGGACAGACCUUCAUACUCGAGAAGCCUCCAGUGCCUCCAAAGCCAAAGCUAAAGUCCCAACUUAACAAAGGGCCAGUCACAUUCAGGGACCCUCUCUUGAAGCAGACCUCAGACAGUGAGCUUGUUGCCCAACACCAGCCGUCUGCGCUGCCCCCCGGCGUAGGACGGUCUCGCUACCUCAUACAGAGAAAAUCCAAGUUGUGGGGGGAUCCCAUUGAGCCCAGGCCUAUUCAGAUGGUGGAGGGCAGCAAACCCACUGUAAUAAGUGAGCUGAGCUCCAGGCUGCAACAGUUGUCUAAGGAUACACAUUCACUCGGGGAUGAGCCUACAGCGGCCUCUCUAGAAGUAGGAAAGAGGUCACCUGUUGUUACUGCAAGACUUUUCAGUAGUUUAGGAGAACUGAACACAAUAUCCCAGCGGAGCUUCGGGGCAACGUUCACCAUCCGUCCUGGCUCCAGGCACCCAGUUACCCGAAGGGCUCCAAGCCCUGGGAAACCUGGCGUCGAAUCAAGGACAGAAGCCGGCAUCAGUUCACCAAGGCCCUCACCACUCUCCACCCCAACACAGACCCCUCCUACCAUCCUGAAAUCUUCUAGCCUCAACAUUCCUCAUGAGCCCAAGGAGAUAUAAGCAGAAAUCCCUGGAGUGGACUCACAUGGCUGGCGUGUAUCCAUCUGACUGCUGUGUACCCCACAUGACUGGCAAUCAGCUUUUGAAGUCACCUUUACCUAAGCAUACUGUUUGAAAGCAUCUCUACUCAGCUGCGGGUCAGUCCCAAACCAUGCUAUUGCUGGACCUAUUUUUUUCAAUUUCAUGUAAAAUGGUGGGACAAACUAAAGAAUCAAUUUGACCCUUUCACUGUGUAUAUACCCUUUACUGAAAUGUACUGUACCUCAAGUCCUUUAAGUGAUGCUAGAAUUUUGAGGGAUUGCUAUUCCAACAGUGUAUGUCAAAAGGACACCAAGAAAACACAAGCACAUAUAUUUUCACAGUUAGGCACAUUUGCACACAUACCUUUUUUCAUAUGCUCAGGCACACGCAAGCUCACUGAGGCAUUGCCUCACCUCCCACAUUCACACCAGCUCUCACUCAUAAAUACUCCCACACAGUAUCACCCUUGAAUUAGCUUCGCUAUUAUUGUUACACAUGCACAUACUUGUUUUCACAGAUGCACUGGAGAUGUGUUGUAACACUGCAAUUCAUUACAUCGCAGAACUGAAUUAUAAAUGAGGUAUUACCGAAGAGAGAUUUUCUACUCUCCAUGGCGGCAAAUUGGAAAAGAAAGAUAUGCUAAAGUCUCUCUACGUUCAUGUUCAGCUGGAGCAAUGGAUGGCAAGGACAUGUCAGGGACUUCAUUGACUGCACAGUAAGACUAAAUAGGCUCCCCUUAGGAUCCAAAGCAAAUGAAAACCAUUGUUCUCAUAUUCACAUCUAUUAUUGGGCAAGAAAAUAAGUCAUUACCCCUCCCCCUAACCAAUGAUUAGUAUUUUUUUCAAUCGAAGGAGUCAUUACAUGGAAAAAAGAAACUCGAAGGAAAUGAUUAUAGGGUGCGGGCAAGCAGGUAGGGAGAGGAGCAAUCAACACGGAGACAGUUUUGACUUACGGAGGAUUUUGUGGUUUCUGCCAUGAAGAGCUCUUUCUAAUUCUAUUACUGAUAGUAUUUUCUUUCCAGGGUGGUAGGUACCUGCAAUGGCUCUAUAGCAAUAGUGAAAUCAGAUUGAAGGAAUCACGACUGAAAUUGGGUGGUAGAGCCAGUUCAUGGCGAUUGACUCAUAUAAAUGGGUUCAGUCAAGCUGAGACCAAGGGAACUAAUAUUUCUUCUCCUUUUACCUUUAUAAUGAUUUUUUAACCCAGUUCAAAUUGGUCAGACCCUGCACCACAAAACUACACUUAAUUCUUUAUUAUUUAAAACUAAAUGUGGAAUUUUACUCUGUGACUCUACCUCUGCAAAAAUAAAACAGAAAAUGUUAGAAAUACUCAGCAGGUUAGACAGCAUCAAUAAAGAGAGAAACAGUGUUAACAUUUCAGGUCAAAAUUAGGAAAAAGGUUUACAAAAUGUUUUUUAAAAUUUGCACCAUCCUAUAGGGAAACUAUUCUGAGGCUGAGUCUAAGAUACAUUGUUUGGACAGUGUAGAGAAAGACUUAUCCUGUCCCUAACUUGUACAUAACCCAAGACUGUUUAAUGGGAUAAUAUAAAGAGAUUUGCUGGACAUCCAAGGUGCCCAAGACCUUGAGGACCAGAAACUUUGUAAAAAAAGGUGUUACAACAGAAAGCAAACUAGAAAUCAAAUUGAUAUUACUUAUAGAAUAAAGACUGAAGCUCAGAGAAGAAAAUGAGGCAAAAAUAAAUUACAGAGCAUAAAUAAUGGAAAAGGGGACUGAGAGUCAAUUGAAAUUGGAAAUGAGAGUUGACACUUUAUGACAUGUCAUAUACUGGAAUAAGAGAUGCAGAUACGAUUGAAGUGAGACUUUACAUACCAGGAAGAUUUAACAAAAGCAACUCUGUGCCCCACUCUUUGCAGAUUUGUGGCACACUAUGAAUUCCCGACGGCUUACUCCUUAUAACUGCCUCUUCUGCCUGGAGAUGCAGAGGCAAAGAGUUGAGGCCACAGACUCAACCCGAGUUUGCUAGCCAUCAUUGCACUCAGGAUCCACAGUUUGCUUCAGGAUCCAUGGGUUAAGAAGCAGGAAAAAUAUUAUCCAGGUUCCUCAGCCUGAUCACAUCCUUUCCCUGACUUGUUUUAGGCACGUCAGGGUGGUGAGGAAGGCAAGAUCGGGCUUAGCUGAGAUGUUGCCUGGAUUGGCAAAUAGCCUGCCGGCAUUCAUGCCAAUGCUCACACUUGAACCAUGGCUACUUGAGUAAAGCUCUUAAGGGCUACCAGUGGCCAUUGAUGUUGAGCUGAAACCCAAUAAGAAGCAAUGCCGUCAAAAUGGGACAUUGAGAGGUAGGCGAAAAGUUGGAAAUGAGUGAAGGUUCAAUAUUGAAGUAGGAGAACAGAGUUGACCAAAGACAAAUGAUGUGGGAAAUGAGUUCAGAAGGGAUGGACAUAAGGUAUGUCCAGGGAAAUCAACACCAGAACUACAGUUUACUGGAGCAUGAGGAAGGAGCAGGUUUGAUACAACGACCUUAACAUACAAGAUCCAACCUUGAAAAAGCUUAAUAAUUUACAAAAAGUCAGUAGACCCAGAAACACUUUUAUACAUCAACCUUAGCAUAUCAGCAAAUGCAUAACCCCAACUAUCCCCAUUCUCACCAUGUUCCCAAGUCAACUUGCGAACCUUCUUCCCUUAUCUGUCAUUACUACCAAACCAUUCUUACUAUUUUUCUCAAACUGUCACCACCCUAUAUUUCAACCCUACCUAUUCACUUUUGCAUAUCACUCAUUCCCCACCCAUUCUUCUUCCUAUUCAUCAACCUCACUCAUGCACUUUCUCCCCAUAUCCCACAAAAUCGACAAUCUUCACCUCAUACCAUUCCACCUCAGCUAGCCAGAUUCUACCCAUUCUUCAAUUCAUCUUCUCCCUGUAUCACUCAACACCACUUAACCAAACUUUGAACAUUCCUUGGAUGCACUUACCCACUUCUCCCACAGUUCCACCCAUCUUUAACCAUAUAAAUCAACCCCACAUUUUCACCUUCAAUCCAUAUUUCUCAAUCUCACCAUGCACCUCCCCAUAUCACUCAGCCACAACUACUAACCCUGUUCCCAUAUUUCUCAAUUCCAUAUCACCAUACAUACAGUACAUACAUCCCAUUGUUCCUUUCCCUCAGUUUUGCUGUAUAUGUCAAUUUCCCAGGAAAGCUACUCCAUAAUUGCUAAUAAAAUUGUCCCAGAUUCACUUUUAACUCCUUUAUUUAUAACUCUUUCCCUUUGGAAUUUGAAAUCUUCACUGUAAGGAAAUUUGCACAAUCACAUUUAACACUUCCCCUUUGUACCACUGUUACAUCCUUCACGACAAUGUGAGAACUACCAAUACUGCAGUCACUCUUAACUUUCAUUUCCUGACUCAAUUCAUAUUUACAUAUUUGAUAACAUACUUAAAGACUAAAGUUCUUUGGAGAGUGGGCUAUCGCGUAAGAAAACUAAGCUGUGUAAUAUUGAAUGAGGAUACUGCUGUGUAACUGAAACCACGAGUACUCUACAUCCCCAGUGCUCUCUUGCUGCCAGUACAGUACAUUUCUUAAAGGGUAUUUAACAUUUUUUGGAUGUUCUGCCUUGUACAGGUAGACCGAUCAAUUAACUCCUGUUUGUGAUUUUUCUGACAAUAACUCUGAGUUAAAAAGGCAAGCUGUGCUACCAUCUUGCAGAUUGGGGCAAAUAAGCAUGAGAGCCUAAUAGAUAGGCACAUCAUGGAGGUAACUGCAACUUUGAAAUCAGUAGCAGGAAAGUUAGUUGUGUUUAAUAGACCAUUGAUUCAGUAUUACCCCUUUAUACCGUCAGCCAAAGUUUAAAUUAUUCCAACAUUCAAUCGCACAAUCUACCAGAUUUUUAAUACAACCAUUACAAUUGAUAUUUAAUGAUUAGAAAAGCUGUCAAGGCAUGGUUCCUUUACUCCAACCCCUUCAAACCUGACAAAAUGUCACUCCACAGACUUCUGUCUCUAGGUAGUUAGCUAUUGAAGCUGGGUGCCCAAUGUAGUUAUGGCCCAGAGUUACACAUUCCUACAGAAUGAUUCCACUUGGUGAGUUGAUUUAAAAUCAGGCUUUCUUUUGCUUUCUGGAAUCCCCUUUUUCACAGAAAGCACGUGGUGGAAUAUCCUUUCUAUGGGUUAGUAUGCUGUUGGGAUCUGAGAUUUUGUUUUCCUUUGGUGAUUUUUUUUGCAUCUCAGCUACAAGAUGGCUGUCAGUGUCACCAAUGUAUUUUUAUCAGUGGAAUGGAAACCAAAUGGCCAGUUUUGAGCUGAUUGACUGUUUGUAACAUUCCCAUAAUCCAGCACAACUUCAUUCCAUGACAACAUGAAUCUGAUAAUUUUUUAGUGGGGAAGCACACUUAAAAGCAACCAACAACAGAGAGCCUCUGUGAUUCUGCAGUGAGUUCAGGGAGCUUUUGUAAAGAGAGGGAGCUUCUACAGGGAACCCUCCCCAUUGCCUGUUACACCUUUGGUUUAGGAACCCAAGAAAGUCCAGCAUUCUAUGUAUCUUCCACAAAAGCUACAGCAAAAGUAAGUAAAGAAGAACACUGUCUUUUUAUCACCUGUCAUCAGUCUGUUUCAUAGAAUGGUACAGAUCAUGGGAUAGAAGAUGGAACUCACGUUCCCAAAAUGAAGUGGAUGUUGGGGGUCAAUUGAAGCUUUCAGGAUUGAGAGAGAUGGAUCGUUAUUGGUUGAGCUUACUGAGAAUAUGGGGAAAGGGUAAAUAAAUGGAGCUGAGGUCCAUUUUGGUCACUAUCUGAAAAAAUGACAGAACGGGUUUCAGGGCUGAGUGGCCUACUCUUGUUCAUAUUUUCCUAAGAUAGUUCACCUAUUUCAGUCUCAGUUACUCACCAUUUGUCUGCCUCUCAUGUGAUUAAUAACAUUAGAUGAUUAAGUUUAGGUGAAAAGUCUUAAAAAUUUAAGGAAAUCAAUAUUUAGUUUUGGGAGUCCUCCUGAUGUAAUGAGAUCAGUGAAAGAGAAUACCUCUUGAAUCUCACUUAAAACCAACAUAUAACAAUAAUCUAUUCUAUUCUAUACAUCAAUAGGAUUUAAAAUCCGCACUUUAUCAAACUUUGUGUGACACGUCACACCUCCAUUUUCACCCACCUCAAGACAAGUUCCAUUCCAAAAUAUUCAAAAGAGUCUGAGCCCACAUUCUGUAUUUUUUCCUCUUUUGAAAGAAAUAGUCAAAUCCACAGUUGCCCAGAUGGUCAGUGCUUUUGUGCAAAUUGAUAUUCUUCAUGUGUGUUAGCAAGAUAUUGAAAUUUUAGGAUUUCAUCCCAAAAACCCUGCCUUUGGAAUGCAGUGUGCAGUGUUCACAGUGUCCGAGAGGCUACAAUGUCUAUACUCCAUCGAUAUCCGGAACCAUUUUUAGACCAACUGAAAGCAGGGUGGAUUGGGGGAAAAGGGGUAGGUGGGUAUUUAACACCCAUAAACCCAUUCAGUGAUAGUGGAAGGGAGAUGGUACCACUCAUAUUUACCACAGUACCACCCUGAACACAUGAAUCCAUAGUCAAAGUUUGAUCUCCACUUAUUAAUUCUACCUGGUGGGCUUUGAACCCUGCAUCUUCUGGCUGAUGAUUUGUAUCAUUAUAACUUAUUCCUUUAAUGCCAUCACUAUCCAAUCAUAACUUGUCCGUUUAGCAGUUUCCUUGCCCCCUUGCAACUUGUUCCUUUAGUACCUCCAUUGUCCCACUGAAACUUGUGCUUUCAGUACUCUCAUUAUUCAGCCAUAAUUCCUCUCUUUAGUUCUCUCAGGACUUCAUGAAAGGUCAUUCCGUUAGUGCUCUUUCAGUCCCAUCAUAACUUCUGUCAUUCUUCCACUAUCUAAUUAUAACUUUAUUCUUUAAUACCAUAACUAUUGUAACUUAUAGGAACACAAAUAACAGAAGCAGGAGUAUACCAGGCUGAGAAAGUGGCUAAAAAAAAUCAUACACUAUCCUGGGCUUAUAAACAGGCAGAGAAUACAAGAGAAAUAAUUGAUGAUGAACCUUUAUCAAUAAAGGUUUGGCCGAAACUGAAGUACAGUUCUAGGUGUCAUAGCUUAGGAAAGAUGUGAAGGCUUUAGAGAGCAUGCAGGACAGUUUUACUAAAAUAAUUCCAGUUAUGUGGAUAUAUUGUUGAAAGUGUUCUCUGUGGAAUAAGGAGAUUAUGAGGGCAUCAGAUAAAAGUACUUAAAAAUCAUGAAGGAUAUAGGUAGAGAAAAACUAUUGCUAUUGGCAGAAGAGUCUGGAUUGCACUAUUGGAGAUAGUGGUGGAGGCAGAUCUGGUUGUAGCUUUCAAAAGUAAACUGAAUAUAUACUUGUAAGGAUAAAAAAUUGCAGGGCUGGAAAGUGGGACUAGCUGGAUUGAGUCAACAUGAAUUCCACCCCUAAAUGGACUCUUUCUAUGCUGUAACAAUGUUGUGAUUUUGUAAUAAGACCCUUUGACCUUGCUCUGCUCUUCUGUAAGAUCAUGGCUGAUCCUGUAUCUCAUCCAUUUUCUCACUCAAUCCUCAAAUAUUCUAAUUCCUUUGGUAUCCACAAAUUUAUCAAUCCCUGCCUUGAACGUAUUCAAGUACUCUCAUCUCAGCCUUAUGAGAUAAGAGCUCCAAAGAAUUACAGCCAUGUGCAUGUAGUGAAAUAAUCCUCACUUCAGUUCUGAACAGCUGAUCCCUUUUCCUGAGACUUUGGCCCCUAACUCUGCAUUUCAAACCAGAAGAAACGGCCUUUUGACAUCUAGCUCAUGAAACUCUCCCAAAGUCUUCAAUCAGAUAACUUCUCAUUCUUCUAAAUGGCAUGAAUAUAUAUCAGUCUCUCCUCAUAAGACAACCCUGUGGCUCCACACUAGUAAUGGCUCACUAAAAUAAUGUUUAUUUCUAUUGAUGAUGUUCCAUUGUAACUCAUCAAUAUAUUGUCUCAGUGUCCCAUUGCAAGUCAUUCCUUUCAUACCACAAAUUCAUGUUAUCCUUCUAGUGGUACACUCUCUUUCCCAUCAUAUUUUGUCUCUCUAGUCUGCCAGUCCCAUCAAAUUUCUUCUCUUUGGUAUCAUUAUUGCCCAAUCAAAGCUCAUCAUUGGACUGCUCAUUAUCUAUCACAUAUCGUUUUCCUAGGUCCCUCUGUAUCCCUUCAGCAUUCAUCCAUUUAAUGCCCUCAUAUUCCCAUGAUAACUUAUCUCUUUUGUAUGUUCAGAGUUUACUCGUAGCUGGUCUACUUAUGCCCUCAGUAUCCCAUGAUAAAUGCUUUUCUAAAUGCUAAUUGUUUUCUCAGAACAUGUCCCUUCUCUUUCCCAUUAUAACUUGUCUCGCAGGUUCUCCUGAAGUCCUAUUAAAGUUCAUCACAUUAGUAUUUUCAUUGUUCCAUUGUAACUUAUUUCUUUAGUACCCUCAGUGUCCUAUCAAGACCUUCAGUUCCUCAGUUCCCUAUUGUGACAUGCCUAUUUAGUAUUCUCACUUCUUAUUGUAAGCUUUCCCUUUAGUGUCAUUAUUCUCCCAUCUUAACUCAUUAUUUUCGAUACAUUUGCUACCCAAUCAAUGCUCAUUGAUUAGCACCCCCAAAAUCCCCUUGUAUCACAUCCCAUCAAGACUCUCACUAUCCCAAUAAUGUUCAUCCCUUUAGAAAACUUACUGUCCCAUUAUAUUAACUGAGAACAUCCAAUGUUGCUUUGUAUCUCAUUGACUCAACAGUUCUCCUCUCAAUCAUUCUAAUUCUCCCAUCUAAGGCUUUCCCCUGUCGUACUUUAUGUCCAUUCAAUCAAAACAUAUCCAUUUAGUAAUUUGUCCAUCAAUGUCAAUUUGUCCCUGUAGUACUCUCAUUAAUACACUCACUGUUGCAGCCCUCACUAUGAGACCCUUUUCAGCUCUACUAUAACCAGCCAUGAAAAAUAUCUCACUCAUCUCUUGCCUACUCAUGGCUAAGUCUAUUGCUCCAGACAUGUACCCACUCUAUAUAAGGAUAUUCCUUCUGAUACCUUUUGCUUUUUUUCUCUAGUUUAUGUACCUGUUCAUCCACACUCCAUUAUUUUAAUGAUUUACAUUCCCUCACCACAGCCUUUAAUCGGUUUCUCUCCAGGCAAUGAAAUUAUACAUUUUUACUCUUUCCUAAUUGUCAUAUUAAACAAAUGUUUAAUAUUAACAGCCAUCCAAGCUUCUCGCACUCUCCAAGGAUUAUGAAAUGAUGGUCAGAGCCUCUAACAUUUCUUAUGCUGCUUUUUUUUUAAAACAAUUGGGAUAUAUAUUAUCAACCUAUUUAUACUCAAGGGUUCUAAAACCCUUAAUAUACCAUCCCUUCCACAAACAUCCUUUUUUUGCUGCAUUAUUAACAUCCAUGAAGUCAGCUAAAAAAUAUUCAUUAAGAACCUUGUCCCACUCCAUUCAGAGAUUUUCUUUUUGGUCCCUAAUAACCAAUAGCUUUCCUGUGAUAUCCCUUGAUCUCUACAUAAAUAGGAAACAUUGGAUUUUUAAUAUAUUACUCAUCAGUACUUUUUCAUGCACAUUCUUUGCUUUCAUACUUUUUCUUUUAAUUUCACCUCCACACUCCAUUUACUCUUUUGCAAGGUCUGUAAUAUUGAACUCUCAAUUUCUGACUUAAACUUUACUUCAUUAUCUUUUCUCUGUGCACCUUGCCUUUGAAAAGGUCCAAAAUUUGAUUUUGACAUCCUUUUUCUUUACGGCAGCAUGCUUGCCUUGAAACCUGUGAAGCACCUUGUAGGCCUCCUAUUGCUCUGAUACAGAUUUACCUUUACAUAUCUGUUUCCGGUCCACUUUUGUAUAAUUACUUAGCCCAGUAAAAUUUGAUUUCCCCUAAUUUAUUCCUAUUGUAUUGUAGUCAUUCUCUGUAAUUAUGGUGCUUAACUGGGUUUAGCUGGGUAGAUGCAGGGAUGAUGUUUUCAUAAGGCUGAGUUGCUUAGAAUCAGGAGUCACAGUCUCUAAGUAAGGUGUUGAUCUUUCAGAACUGAGAUAAAAAGAAAUUUCUUCACCCAGAUGGUGGUGAAUCUUUGGAGUUCUCCAGUUAUAGAGUCAUACAGUUGUCCCAAUUCAUCCAUGCCAAACAAGAUGCCCAUCUAAGCUAAUCCCAUUUGCCCACAUUUGGCCCUUACCCCUCUAAACCUUUCCUAGGCAUGUACCUAUCCAAAUGUCUUUUAAAUGUUGUUAUUGUAGCUGCCUCAACCACAUUCUUCAGCAGCUCAUUCCAAAUAUGCACCACCUCCUGUGUGAAGAAUUUGCCCCCCAGGUCCCUUUUGAAUCUUUCCCCUCUCACCUUAAACCUAUGCCUUCUAGUUUACAAUUCCCUUUCCCUGAGAAGAAGAUACAUGCAUUAAUCUUAUCUAUGCCUCACAUGAUUUUAUACACCUCUAUAAGAUCUCAGAUGUGAUAGAUCUCAUUAGGUGAUCUCAGUCUCCUAUGCUGUACGGAAUUUGCCCAACCUCUCCCUAUAACUCUGGUCCUCGAGUGCUGGUAACAUUCUCGUAAAUCUUCUUUGCACUCUUUCCAGCUUAAUGAUGUCUUUCCUAUAAUAGGGUAACCAAAACUGUACACAAGUGCAGCCUCAACAAUGUCUUAAAUAACUGUAACAUAACAUCCCAACUUCUAUAUUCAGUGCCCUGAUUAAUGAAGGCCAGCGUGCCAAAUGCCUUCUUCACCACCUUGUCUAUCCGUGAUGCCACUUUCAGGGAGCUAUGUUCUUGCAUUCCUUGGUUCCUCUGUUCUACAACAGGGCCUUAUCAUUCUCUAUGAAAGCCUUAUCCUGAUUUGACUUCCCAAAAUGCAAUACCUCACACUUAUCUGAAUCAAAUGCCAUUUGCCAUUCCUUGGCCCACUUACCUAGUUGAUCAAGAUCCCUUUGUAAUUUAUGAUAAUCACUGUCUAUGAUACCACCUAUUUUAGUGUCACUUACUAACUAUGCCUGGUACAUUCUCAUCCAAAUUGUUUAUAUAAAUGACGAACAACAAUGGGCCCAGUGCCCAUCCCUGUGGCACACCACUAGUCACUGUGUUCCAUUCUGAAAAACAACCUCCACCAUCACCCUCUGCUUCCUAUCAUCAAGCCUAUUAUGUCUCCAUAUAGCUAGCUCUCCAUGGAUCUCAUACGAUCUAGCCUUCCAUGUAGGGCCUUGUCAAACGCCUUGCUAAGGUCCAUAUAGGAAACAUCCACUACCCUGCCCUCAUCAAUCCUUCUGGUUACCUCUUCAAAAAACUCUUAACAGAUUUGUAAGUCACGAUUUCCCAUGCAUAAAACCAUCUUUAUCUAUCCAAAUGCUAGUAGAUCCUUUCCCUCAGAAUCCCCUCCAGUAACUUACCCAUUACUGAUGUCAGGCUCACCGGCCUGUAGUUCCCUUGCUUGUCUUUGCUGCCCUCCUUAAGUAACGGUGCGAUAUUAGCCACCUUCAAGAGGGUUGUGGCAGCUCAGUCAUUAUGUUCAAGACAGAGAUCAAUAGAUUACUAAAUAUUAAGGAAAUCAGGAGAUACGGGGGUAGUGAAGGAAAAUUGCACUGAGGUAAAAAACAAGUCAUGAUCUCAUUGAAUCACGGAGCCAGUGCAAAAGGCCGAAUGGCUACUCCUGCUUCUAUUUCUUCUAUUAUUAUGCUAAAUCCAACUAAAUUAUGAUCACCAUCAUAAAUAUGCUUUCCCACUGACAUCCUCCCACCCAAUCAACUUAAUUCCCAGAAACAUCCAGAUUGCCCGAUUUGCUUCAUGCAAAUUUGAAAAGUUCUUAAAUGAUACCUUUGUACCUGCCUCAAUCACUUCCUCUGGCAGCUCAUUCCAUACACUCACCACCCUCUGUGCGGAAAAAGUUGCCCUUCAGGUCCUUUUUAAAUCUUUCCCUUCUCACCCUAAACCGAUGACCCCUAGUUCUAGACUCCUCCACAGUGGGAAAAGACUGCUACCAUCCACCUUAUCUAUGCUGUUCAUAAUUUUAAACAUUUCUAUAAGGUUGCCCCUCAAUCUCCUACGUUCCAAGGACUAAAGACCAAGCCUGGCCAAACUCUCCCUAUAAGUCAGGCCCUCUAGUCUUGGCAACAUCCUCAUAAAUCUUUACUGCACUCUUUCCAGUUUAAACAUCUCUUUCCUAUAACAGAGUGAUCAAAACUGUACACAGUACUCCCAAGUGUGGCUUCACUAACGACUUAUACAACUGCAAUGAGUAUAAUGUACUCAUUCAAGAUUACUUGUCCAUCCACCACAUCUAGAAUCUGGAUCCUUUUCUACACAUACAUAUUAUUCCUAUUCUCUGGUGACCAAUGCCACUAUCAGUAUCUAGGUCAUCCCCAUGCAUUGUAGAGGCCAGUGGGACCACUGCAGAUUAACACUUCAUUGUUCUGGAUGUCUAUCCCAGAAAUGCAUUGGGUGUUCUUUCUAUUCAUGAACCUUACAGUCAAAUAUCUUGCUGACACACAUUGUUGAGAUGUGAAGGAUGGUCAUUCAGGGAAGGAAGACUGGAAGGGCAUUUCUGGAUAUAUACUCCAACAUGAGUUAGAGUUCAUGAAAAGCCAGCAAGGUUAGAAAUUGUUAAAUUGUAAACCAAAAGGUCACUCAGCCCCUCCAAAAUUAGGUCAGGUUCAAUGAGAUCAGGUCAGGGUGGUUUGGAUUGAGUCAGGUAGGAUGAGGUGAGGUCAGGUCAUACGGAUGUAGCAAGGUAGGAACUUGUAAGAUUCACUAUCCUUUCAGUACAGUUUGUGCUGUACAAUCCUCGGAAUUAAAUUCUACAAAAAGCAUCAGGAACUUAAAAUAGUUCACACAAAUAUAAGUGGUUCUGAAUGUACAAUUAUGUGAAUAAGAAAAUUGAUUACUCAUCCAUGAACCACACCAAAAUUAUCAAGAACACUGUUUAUAUUGCAAUUCUCUGUGAAAAUGAGGAAAUGUUGUUUUAACAGCCGUUACACUGAGUACAGGACUGGGUAUUACUUGGAUACCUUCAGUCUACUUGGGUGGGUUUGCAUGGUUUAUUUAUAUAACAAUGUAACCUGGCAGUAAGAUACAGGCUGGAAUCUAAUCUAAGGAUUUGGGGUUUUAUUUAUAGAAUUGAAAUACCCAGGAGUAAAUUACAGGCUGGACCUAAGUGAGGGGUUCAAGGGUAUAUAUCUGAGAAUGAGGCACACAGAGGAAUCUAAUUGAUGGAUUUGGGUCAUACAUUUGAACCCUAAUUUCACCUACUUCUACAACACUGACCUACAUGUUAUUUUAGUAUUCAUGUGGAAAAUAUUUUUCUCACUGGCUGCCCAGAGGCGGUUUUAUAGUGCCAACACUAAUCGAUGGUAACCCUUCAUUUCACCCAUAAGGUGGUAGCUAUCACAACAGAGAGUUAAUGACUAUGGUUUCAUCAGUAUAUAUUUCCUAAGCAAAUAACCCUUCUCUCCAUAUAUUUCUACAUUAUAUGUAAAGGUAUUCUUUGGUUGUCAGUAAUCAUGCUAGUCAAAAGUUUCUGGAUUGAAAUGCCUGGGCUCAUUAGUCAGGGGCAAGUGCUCUAAGAUGGAUAAAAUUGCUGAGGAAUGUAGUACAGUAGUGGAGGAUAGCAUUCCAUGUGCGAAUCCCCAAUACUAUCAAAUUUAUUUUAAUCAGCUGUAAAAUCUAGGGAGAACUGUCCUGACUAUUAACACCCAUCCUGCUGACACACUGUAUUUCAGAGCAAAGCCUAUGUUAAAGGUGCCAGUGUGUUGAUUAUGACCAGCUAUUUCAGUAAUCAUCGUUAUCUUUAGGUGGACAUUUUAAAAGACUGAACUGAUGAAAACUAAAAAGGCAAGUGAGGGGAGAGACUGAGUGGUGACUUUGUGCCAUCAGGAGCCACGACAGGUUGCUUGCCCAGACCACUUCACAUCUCUUUGUACUAAGGUGAUGCUCCACAUUCUUUUCUAAGGAUUAUUAUUUGAGAGAUUCACAAAAUAGAAGUAUAAAGGGUUACUUUAAUCUUCUUGUUGUGAUACUUGCACCACAGAGAAUCUAUGUUUGUUAUAAUAUGUAAUAAAUUUCUAAGUAAAAGUUUAUCAUCUUUUAUCAGACUGACUGUUUGUUUGAAUUUGAACAGAAAAGGUUUUGCUUGCUCCGAGAAUCCAGGCGACAAGGCAAGCCUU